CUCCAACCGAGAGGCACCGACUGACUGACUGGCUGCGUGGGGAGCCGGUGUGGGCGCAGCGGAGGACUUUCCUAUAAAAGCAGGGAUCCCACGACCAGACGCGCUCUUCUCUCCCAGUGAACGGCAGACAGGAGCCGCUCUUUCCCGCGAACAGCUGUUUCAUUCCCCUUGUUACAGUUCGGAAAACCCUCCCAGCCUCAUCCGAAAGGAAAUCUUAGUCUAUGGUUCUGACUGACACGCCUACAAGGAUGUCCCGGACCGACGAGGUGCACCGUAUAACGGAGAAUGUCUACAAGUCCAUCAUGGAGCAGUUUAACCCGUGCUUACGGAACUUCAUAGCCAUGGCAAAAAGCUAUGAGAAGGCGCUCACCAGUGUCACAUACGCUGCAAAGGGCUACUUCGACGCUCUGGUGCGGAUGGGCGAGAUGGCCAGCGAAAGUCAAGGCUCUAAGGAUGUUGAAGAGGCAGCAUGGGAUGUGCUCUUUCAGAUGGCUGAAGUGCACAGACAGAUCCAGAUCCAGCUUGAGGAGAUGUUGAAGUCGUUCCACAACGAGCUGCUCACAGAGCUGGAGAAGAAGGUCGAGCUGGACGCGCGAUACCUGAAUGCUGCACUGAAGAAGUACCAGAUGGAGCACAAGAGCAAAGGGGAGAGUUUGGAGAAGUGCCAGGCUGAGCUAAAGAAACUGCGCCGGAAGAGCCAGGGCAGCAAGCACCCGUCCAAAUAUGGGGACAAGGAGAUGCAGUAUGUGGAGGCCAUCAGUAAUAAGCAGAGUGAGCUGGAUAACUACAUCGCUGAGGGCUACAAGAACGCUCUGUCUGAGGAGAGGAGGAGGUACUGCUUCCUGGUGGACCGUCAGUGUGCUGUGGCCAAAAACAGCAGCGUCUACCACAACAAGGGGAAGGAUCUUUUAACUCAGAAGAUCCCACUGUGGCAGCAGGCUUGUGCCGAGCCCAACAAACUGCCAGACCGUGCCAUGUUUCUGGCCCAGCAGAUGAGCGGUGCAACGGGCACCAUGCCUCCUGGUGCUCAUCACCCCGGCCUUCCCAUCUCUGAGCCUAUUCCUGGUGCUAAACCCCUGCCAGUGCCUCCAGAGCUGGCAGCCCUCAGGGCCAGCGGUGGCAUGGGACAGCAGAGGCUGAUGGGAGGCGUGGAAGGAGGGAUGCCUGUGAUGAACGGUACGGCCGGCGUUCAUGGAGGAGAAGACUACCAGCAGUGGAUGGAGGGCAAAAUCGCCCAGGGCAAAGCCUCACCGCAGACUCAGCGGCACGGAGGCGAGGUGUACUCCAACACCCUACCUGUGCGCAAGGCCGCCCCAGCCAAGAGCAAGACCACACUGACAGAGACCCGCACGCUGCCCCGGUCCAGCUCCAUGGCAGCAGGUCUGGAGAGAAACGGAAGAACUCGCGUCCAGGCCGUCUUCUCCCAUGCUGCCGGUGACAACAGCACGCUGCUUAGCUUCGCUGAGGGCGACGUGAUCACCCUGCUGGUACCCGAGGCCCGUGAUGGCUGGCACUACGGAGAGAAUGAGAAGACAAGGAUGCGUGGCUGGUUUCCCUUCUCCUACACACGGGUGAUCACUGAUGGCGAAGGAGACUCUAUGCGGCAACUUCGAGUACACAAUCUCCACCAUGGCAAAAGCAGCAGCACGGGCAACCUUCUAGAGAGAGAAGACAUGGCUCUCCCCGUCCCUGAUUAUGGCAUCCACUCCCGUAUGGCAGCACAGAGCGCUGCUGCGCUGCACGGCAGACAACAACGCCCCUACAGUGUGGCGGUGCCAGGCUUCUCACAGCAGGGAGUCGAAGAGUACGAGCCCCGCUUCCCCACAAGUUCCACAGAGGGCAAAUUGAUUUCGACAGUGUGAGGACAGACAGACAAACAGGCACAGACUCAGCCACACGAUAGGACAUGCACCUCGCUGCCCAUCCGUCAUCCUUAACCCACCCUCUUUCCCGCCUCCCUACCUCCUCCUCACGACAAUAAACUCUCCCCGAGCCGGUCAGUUCGAGGAAGACGCUUGGGUCUCUUUCUUUUUCUCCCUCUGAUCUCCCUCCCUUCGUCCUUCAGUCCUGCCCUGUGCUGUCUAACUGGCCAGUAGCCACACUGGGCGGCUGGUGGAGCUUUGGUGCAGAGCCAAGCCGAAACCAGAACAAAGUGGACUCUGUGCCAUCCGCAUAUUCAAAAUCAGUGUGAUGGACAUUUUCUGUGAGGAAAAUGUAACCUUUGCUUGUCUUUCAUGCAUGUACAUUUCUUUUAUAUAUUGCUGGGAGUUAUAUUUUCCCAACGAAGGAAGCUGAUUUUCACUAAUGUUAGAAAGACAGUGUAAAGAAUGAUAUGUAAAUCAGGGUGUAAUCCUAAAGUGGUUGAUCCCAAAGAGGAUUUUUAUAUUAUGUAAAAAUGACAUUGCAAUCAAUGCUUUUACUGGAUCUUUCAGUAUUUAACAAUAAUUUUACCUUUUCAUGCUGUGAGGUUUUGUAUUCCUCUGACGUAAGAGGCCAUGUAUCGCGAGUAGUGAACAGCUCAUGUAAAUGUUUUCACACAUGGGGGGAAAAAUGUGACGGGAAUGUUUACUGUACAUAAAUGUGCCAUACAGACGUGCUUGUCAUGCAGUAUCUAUGAUCAGUUUAUAAAAAAUGCACCUUAUGGAAGUAAUAGUCUAUAUUUCUGACUGUGUGUAAACAAACUUACUGUAACGUUCCCAGUGUGAGCCUCUGCGCUCGGAUGGACACAAACGCACCACUCUCGGGGUCCUUUGACUGUCUGUUGUGGUGCCUGAAUAUUGUGCCAAGGCUGAAUGGGGUCAACUAAGUCACGCGAGGCUCUGAGUCGAGUUUAGUGCUGAAACCGUUUGUUCGUUAGUCAGUUAACUGAUGUGUCGUGCCGAUUAAAUGUUUGAAAUAACUUAUCAGGCUUAAAUGCCAAAUAUUUGUUGGCUUCGGGUUCUCAAAUACACACAUUUGCUGCUUUUCUCUGUUUUUUAUAUGACUGCAAAUGAAAUAUAUUUGGGUUUUGAGCUCAUUUGAAGGAUAUCGUUUUGACAUCACCGGUUAAAAAAGAAAGGAUAAAGUCAGAUUAAUCGAUUAAUUGCUCAUAAAAAUGAUUCGAGUUGGAGGCAAACUCUGGUUCGUGCAUGAAAGAAAAGACAACUGGUAUUGCGGCGCUGCUCGGUACACGUGAUACUGAAACCAUUAAAAAAGUUGUUUUUUAUCAUAAAUAAAAAAAUAGGCAUAAAGUUCAUUUAAAAGAUUCAAAAUCCUUUUCUACUUUCACAAAUAUUCACACGUGGUGCUUCUGCUGUCGGUUAACUUCUGUGAUUAAUGUCGUUUUAUGGGAACUUCAUAAAACCAUCAGCGGUAUUGUGAUUAAUAGAAAAAAAACGACACAGAGUGGUGAUUAUACUGUGCUGCAUUUAGCCAAAGUGCAGACUGGAGGCACAGCCGCCUGCGGCUUUGAAGGGGAGAGGAAUUCAUUUGUGGUUGAAGCCUCAUUCAGCCUUCUUCUUCUGCUGUCUCUGCGAUUAAAAGCCCGAUUCGUUUUUUUCUCCAAACCUCAGCGAGUAAAGAAUGUCAAGUUUUAACAACGGCAAGAGAUGUUUGUCUGAUUCUUUGUGUGCUCAAUAAAAAUGCCGGUGUGCUUGUCUGUAUGUCGGCCCAGUUAGUGCCUGUCUGUGCUAACCGCUGUCCCUUUGUUGACAUCUGGUGUCCACGAGCUCGCUGGGACGUGACGUUUUUUUAACUCGUAGUUUUGGCUUCUGACUCGUGUGAAGUUUUUACAGAAAUCUCGUCCGAGUGCUUUCUUCACCAAAGAGAGGAGGUUAAAAAUGAAACUGUGCAUCUCUCCCAUUCCUCCUACACUGCAAAAAAUGCUUUUACUAAAUUGUUAAUGAGGGAAAUUGUUUGAAGAGUCUUGCAAUAUAUUUUUCUGCAAGUAUGUGAUGAAGUCAGGCACAUGCAUUAAAAAAAAACAUCUUUCAAGUGCUGAAAAAUAUUUUCCGACUCUGCCUGAGACCUAACACGGACCUUUUUUGCACUGUAGAAAUGUUCUCCUGCUGCAUAUGUCUGUUGUCUCUGUGCUCUCUUCUUCUGCUCUCCGUUUGUCUGUCACCUAACACUUGUCUCCCCCCUUAGCUUUGCCAACCCCCCCGUCUUUUUUCAUCUCUGUUUUGAUGAAUUUAGAGACAAAAGUCGAGUGCAAACGACUGGAAGCUGCCAGUGUUUCUUCUUUCUCCACUAAAAUAGUCCAAGGUAUGGCUGACAUCGCUGCAGAGAUAGCACACCAAUCACCUGUGGCUAAUAACGCCAGCAUUCACUGACGUGCUCUGAUUGUGAGAGGUUUUGUUGUAAGAAAAAACAUCUAAAUAUUGUAUAGAGAAUUUAUGUAUAUGCAUGCUUUGGGGGCACCGAAAAGUGUAACACUGAUGACCUCAAAUGUAUGGUGAAUUUCUACUCUUACAAAGUAUUAAAUAAAUUUAUUCAGCUGGA